UUUCAGGCGUUUCAUUUGACUAAAAAUAGUUUUCAAUACAACAGAAUGAGAAAGCAUAUGUUUUUCACUUAUUGAGAUGGAAAAAUCAAAAGACGGGAAUUUAUUCAUACGAUAUCAUUGCAAUGAGUGUUUUGGGGACUUUCACUACUGGAGCCAUCUGUGCGAAAGGAUGAUAAUUAUAGUACUCGAUAUCGAAGAUAUUCUGUAGUUGUGUUGGAAAAUUAUUUUAUAUUUAUAAUAUUAUGUUUAAUCUAGAUUUUUCUUGUAUAUUCAAGAAUAUUCUAAUUAACUGUAUGUUGUUAAAUAAAUUAAUAAAUAUGUUUCACUGUUUGUGCAUAGUGGAAUAGGUCAGGUUAGAUCUAGUAAACUUAAUUUUUAGGUUAUCCAUGCACGAAUAGAAAUUGUCGGUAAAAAAGCGAUUUCUCAAGAAUAACAGUAUUUCUACAUAUUAACUCAUUAAAUAAUUUUUUGAAAACAAGUAUCUCUAUAAUUUUGAAGAAUGAGUAAGAUUGAAAUAAACAACGAGUUAGUGUUGAUGAGACAUUUGGUGCGCCAGGCGAGAGUUAAUGUUAUUAGAAAAUUGGUAAGGGAAGCAAAAACAUUGCGAGCAAAACGCGGUACGGAAAUGCAGCAAAACAAAUAUAAACGAAAAGCUGACAGACUUACCGAAGAGGUGCUUGCUGCUAAGAAACUUAAGGAUGACGAUAUUUCCAAAUUUGUUAUCACCAACAAGAAGAGCCUCCAAGACGUAUUGACAGAUCAAACAUCUGAUGCGAGCACAAGGAUUAUGGUGAAACUAGGGAACUACAAAAGUUUAGCUGAAAGAGUGGCUACGAUCAAGGAAAAGUUUCCUAAUUACGAGGAGCAUUUGGGACCUGGAAGAAAGAAGAUGGUUAAAUUACAGAGGAAAGCAAAGAAACAGGGUGAAAAAGCUGAUCAGUCUAACGAAUUGCAAUUGGGAAGCAAUAGAGAAACAAUGAUUGACAGCGAUACAGAAGAUAAUAAUGUGGAAGAAAGUGAAGUUUUUGAGAAUCCACAUAUAAAAAGUUUCGACAGUGUUACAGAAGAUAGCACGAUAGACGAACACGUUACUAGAGAUAAAGUAAAGAAUGACACAGAUUCAGAUGAUGAUGAAGUUUCAUUAAAGUGUGAUUCGGAACCAGGUAGUAUAUUGCGAAUACAACCAACAAAGAAAUCUGUGAAACAAAAAAAUACCAUUAUAAAAGUUGAUAAAAAUGAAAAACCUACUAUAAAAAAGAAAUCAGACACGAAAGUUGAUGCACCCAAAAUCAUAAGCAAAGAGGCAACGGUUAAGAGGUUUACAGAAUUGCUAAAAGAGGAAGAUUCAGGAAAGAAUUCUACAGAGGAGAUUUCCAAUGAAUUGAAGGAAGGAAAAUUCAAGAUUGAAAAAGAAGUCGAUCCGUUCUUCAUGACGGAUGAAGGGGAUACUGAAUAUAUGAGCGUCGUCGUGCCAAAAAUUACCCCGCUGGAAGAGAACGAAGAGGGGGGUAAAUAUGAAAACAGUGACAAUGACAUGGGAAAAAAAUUCUCCAAGGGCACAUUUUUUACAAAUCUCGACAGAUCCAACGGUAAACGCGAAUAUUCAAAAAAUAACGGGAGUGGGAAUUGGAGGCACGAAUUACCUCAAAAAAGACCAGGGAGAGAUUUCACCUUAAAAACGAAACCAAGAAACGAUCUUGGCUCCGCAAAGAAGGUUAGGACUGAAUUUUCAGACCAGUCACAAAACCGAAGUGAAAAAGUGGCUAACAGUGACGAUAGGAACCUUCAUCCAUCGUGGGUAGCCAAAAAGAAACAGCAAGAACUACUGAAACAAGGUUUUCAGGGACAAAAAAUUGUUUUCGCUGACGAUUGAAGAAUGUUUUCUACAUAGAUGCAAACAAUCAUCGCCGGAAGGAACAAACCUGCGGACCAAAUUUCAAAAAUCCGAACAGUGUCCAUUUACCAUAAAAAAAUGGCUGCUUCUACAAAAAGAAAGGAAAUUAAAAGAAAAUUCCGUGACCGAUAUUACGC